AUGUUGGCGGCGCAUCGCGACCAAGAGAACCUGGUAGUCAGCCAGCAGGUUCCGACUAAGCAGCAACACAAUUCACGAUUUCCAAAGACGCCCUCUCGAUUUCUUCAACAUGACGAGAAUGCUCCAACUGCCUUUACCGGCAAGACCGGAAUGGGUGGGGUGAAGACCUUUCUCGGUGACAAGACACUGAACAAAGGCCAUGGACCACGACAGGCCAUGGUCACUCCGAUGGGAACUCAAAACAGAGCACCUCUGGGUAACAAAACCACCAAUGCCAAGGCUAAGAACGGGCAACUGGCUGGUUUUAAGAAUAUUAUCCAGGACAUCGAGCAAACGCAACUUAAGCCAACAGCACAGAAGCCCAAGCAGCGACCAGUGGACCUCGGACCUCUGGAGAUUAGACUCAAAGAAGAGCAAAAUGCUGCUUGGCAACAAGAAGACGAGCCUGAGUAUGCCCCUCCAAGACCCAAGGAUCUUCCAUAUGAAUCGGACUGCUUCCCGAAGGAUAUGUUGACCUUCGAGGGAUUGAAGAAGGACAACAUCCUCAAAGGAUACUAUCAGCACUUCUACAACCCUGUCGAUGACGACGGUAUUUCGCGACAGGAUAGAGAGUUCGCAGAGACAAUGAAGAAGGUGGCGAAGAAGGCCGAAGAGAAAAAUAAGCAGGAAACCGAUGCCCUGACUUUCAACAUUGAUGAUCUGUCCGACAGCGAAGCACAAGCGAAACCAGCACUCAGGACGGCCAUGACAACAUCCUCGGAGCAAAAGAUCAAGGGAAUUCGGGCCAGACAACCCUCCAGCCUGGCCUCGAGACGUGCUGCCUCUGCCUUGUCCGUCCACUCAGACGUUAGCAGCAGCAGCAGGGCUUCAACUGUGGCACGAACAACAAAGAUGCGAAAGCCGCUUACUUCGUUGUAUCAGGGCAGAAAGCCCGCUGCUCGAAAUUUGUUACCUGCCAAGGCUUCACCUGCUGAGAGUGCCACUGGCGAAGCGGCAUCACGAACUACUAUUGGCUACAACCGCGGUAGGUCAACAUCGUCUAUGGUGAAUGGUCAACGCCGCGGAGCUGGUGCGCCAGUUGGAACACAGCGGGUAGUUAAGCCUGCGGAAACGGUGAGCUCUGUUCAGUCUGAUCUCACUGUGACUCCGGCGCGCUUCCGCCAGGCGGCCCAGAAGCAUCAGGAGGUCAAGUCACGACCUCAGUUCAUGUCCAUCUUUGACGAGGAUGGUGAAGAUGACGAUCUUCCACCUUUGAGCCAGCCACUUCACAUCUCUGACGAUGAGGAAGAGUUCGAGCUCAAGUUGAACUUUUAG